AUACUACUGCUACUAAUAUAAUAGGCUAAUAAUGAUGAUUGUACUUAAAAUAAAAUGAUACAAAGUUCUAAAUUUCUUCAGGUAAACCCCCUGCACUCGGCUGAUGGUGGGAGGGACUUGAUUCUGCAUUUCAGACGAAACGAAAGUUAAAAGUAAGGCGGGAAACUACCAAAACAUUUCUCCCAGCGUGAAGCUCCUGCAGGCUUUCUCUGAGGAAUUAAAACCACAGCAGAUCCUUGUCCGUGUCUCGUCUGUCAGUCAUGGCUUCCUCCAGUAGUGUGCUAUCUGAAGAUGAGCUGCAGUGCUCCAUCUGUCUGGAUGUGUUCACCGAUCCAGUCUCUACUCCAUGUGGACACAACUUCUGUAAGGUCUGUCUUAGAAAAUACUGGGACACUAGUUCACACUGCCGGUGUCCAUUGUGUAAAGAGGAUUUCCACAAUAGACCCGAGCUUCGUGUGAAUACGUUCAUCUCUGGACUGGCUGCUCAGUUUAAGAAGUCAGUUCAGGUGAAAUCCAGCAUCGCUGCAGAUCCGCUUCUCUCCAUGACUGAAAAGGUUCUGUGUGACUCCUGCAUUGGGGAAAAGCUGGAAGCUGUAAAGUCCUGUCUGCACUGUGGGGUUUCUCUCUGUAGCGCUCACCUGCUGUUUCAUAAAACUACAGCAAAAUUCAAAAGGCACAAACUGAUCGACCCUGUGGAGAACCUGGAGGACUACAUCUGUCAGAAACAUGAGAGACCCCUGGAGCUGUUCUGUAGAGACGACCAGACGUGUGUGUGUCAGUUCUGCACGGAAGGAGAACACAAAACUCACAACAUUGUUCCUAUAGAGGAGGAGAGUGUCGUGAAGAAAUGUCAGCUGGGGGAGACGCAGGCAGCAUUUCAGCAGAUGAUCCAGAAGCGACUAAAGAAGAUAAAAGAAGUCAAAGAAUCUGAAAAACUCAAUAAGAUGAAUACAGAGAAGGAGAAAGCAGAAAGCAUGGCUGUGUUCAGUGCUCUGAUGCGCUGCAUUGAGAAAAGCCAGGCUGAGAUGCUUAAGGUGAUAGACGAGGAGCAGAAAGCAGCAGAGAUGCAGGCUGAAGAGUUCAUUAAACAUCUGCAGUAUGAAAUCACUGAGCUAAAGAGGAGAAACACUGAGCUGGAGCAGAUCUCACGCACCGAGGAUCACCUCCACCUCCUACAGAUUUACCCGACACUGUGCAGCCCUCCACGCACAAAGUACUGGGCUGACGUCACAAUUAACUCUUAUCUGUGUCUGGAGACUCUGAGGACUCAGCUUCAGGAGUCUCUCAAUGAAGAAAUGGAGAAGUUCCCUGAGAUUAAACUAAAGAGCAUUCAACGCUAUGCAGUGGCGGUGACUCUGGAUCCUAAUACAGCGAAUUUUUACCUCGUGUUGUCUGACGAUGGGAAACAAGUUAGAUGUGGACAAAACCGACACAGACUACGUGAUAAUGCAGAGAGGUUUAAUUACUGCGCCUGUGUGCUGGGAAAGGAGAGAUUCCCCUCAGGCAAAUUUUACUAUGAGGUAGAGGUCAGAGGGAAGACGGAGUGGGAUUUAGGUGUGGCCAGGAAGUCUGUUAACAGGAAAGGAACAAUUACACUCACACCUGAGAACGGUUUCUGGAGUGUACUGCUGAGAAAUGGGACAGAAUAUAAGGCUGGUGAACGUCCCCUUGUUCCUCUCUCCUUGAAGCAGGCUCCCCAGAAGGUAGGGGUGUUUGUUGAUUAUGAGGAGGGUCUGGUCUCGUUCUACGAUGUUGACGCCAAGUCUCACAUCUACUCUUUCACGGAUCAAUGUUUUUUUGAGGAUCUCUAUCCAUACUUCAGCCCUGGCCACAGUUAUGUAGGUGAAAACUCAGCACCAUUGUUCCUUAUAAAACUGAAGUUGAUGUUAAAAACACAAACUGAUUUAUUCUGUGAUUCAGAGCACUACUCUGUCAGAAACAUGGGAGCUCCCUGGAGCUGUUCUGUAGAGACAAAUGAACCUGGAUUUGUCAGUCCUGCACACAGACCGACAAUUCCUACAAAGCAAGAACGUCAAGUUAAAAAGACUCACCUCGAGAAGAUACCAGAAGAGGUUAAGGUUAUCCAGAACACGCAGAAGGACACAGGAAAAGUACGUAACAUCCCCAAACUCAAAAAAGAUUGGACCAAUAAACAUACUGUGGAGAUGCUGAGGAGAGCUCUGUCUCAGCUUCUGGAAUCUCUCAACAAGGAAAUGGACAAGUAUGCUGACUCUGAUCUGAAGAGAAAUCAACAACAUGCAGUGGAUGUGACUCUGGAUCCGGAUACAGCUCAUCCUGAACUCAUCCUGUCUCAUGAUGGAAAGCAAGUGAGACAUGGAGACUUGCAACAGGAUCUCCCUGAUAACCCAGAGAGGUUUAAUCUUUGUGUCUGUGUGUUGGGAAAGGAGGGAUUCUCCUCAGGGAGAUUUUACUAUGAGGUGCAGGUCAGAGAGAAGACUAAAUGGGAUUUAGGAGUGGCCCGAGAGUCUGUUAAGAGACAAGAAAAAAUAAUAACCAGCCCUACGAAUGGAUACUGGACAAUGUGGCUGAGACACAAGACUGAAUACGAGGCUUGUGACUCUCCUCCUGUUCCCCUCUCCUUGAAACAGGCUCCUCAGAAGGUGGGGGUGUUUGUGGAUUAUGAAGAGGGUCUGAUCUCCUUCUAUGAUGUUGAUGCAAAGUCUCUUAUCUACUCUUUCACUGGUCAGACGUUCACUGAGAAACUCUAUCCAUUCUUCAGUCCUUCACGCAAUUACAGUGGUAAAAACUCAGCACCGCUGAUCAUCAUGCCUGUUAUACAAUCUACAUGAGAUCUCUUUCCCCCAACAUUGCACCAAGCAAUACAUUCUUGCAUUAAGGAACUGUUACUGAGAUUCAGGACAUGCUAUUUAAUUCUAUGUAUUUAUUUCAUCAAAUUGUGAUGCAAACAUAAAAAAAUAUUUUGCUGUCAGUUUAAAGCUUAUCUGUAGUGUCUUCUCUUUCAUACAGCGUAGCCAAUAAUGAGCUAAUGUAAUGUUUCACAUUUUCACUUAGGAGUGUACUCACUUUUGUUGCCAGCAGUUUAGACAUUAAAUGCUGUGUGUUGAGUUAUUUUGAGGGGACAGCAAAUUUACACUGUUACACAAGCUGCACACUCACUACUUUACAUUGUAGCAAAGUGUCAUUUCUUCAGUGUCAUCACAUGAAAAGAUAUCAUCAAAUAUUUACACAAAUGUGAGGGGUGUACUCACUUUUGUGAGAUACUGUAUGUAUGUAUAUAUAGCAUUCUAGACCCUGUUAUGCUAUGCUUAUUUUCCUGCUGUAGACAUCAGACCCAGGUGAGUGUGAGAGAGAAGGUUAUUUUUCCUGUUAUCAGACGGUCCCUGAGCAGCAACCUGACAGAGAGGCAGAAACGUGUCCAGGACGUGCACAACAUGCGGCUCAGAAGAGCGAUCUUCUCCUAGCUAUAUGCAACAGUAAAUAUAAUGAAGUGCAAAUCUGCUUUUUUUUGGAAAUGAAUUAUGUGAUCUCUUGCAGAAGUUUUCUUAUUUGACCUGUGCAUCUACUCAGAUUGUGGAUAAUGACUGUGUGUGUACCUUCAAUGCUAUCAUCUGUUUUGGAAUACAAGAUGAUUGCUCUAGA